UGUGGCAGCCCCAGCGUUCUCCCCUCCUCUUGUUCAGCACUUAGUUGUCCCUGGCCCCGCCCAUCCUCCGCUCUGUAGUAGCAGCCCCGCCCGAACACCUAGCACCUCAGUCUAUUGCAGGACGUCGAAGGAGAGCGCAGCCUGUUAAAAGAUGCCUAACUGGGGAGGUGGAAACAAGUGUGGGGCCUGUGGCAGAACAGUGUACCAUGCUGAAGAGGUGCAGUGUGAUGGCAAGAGCUUUCAUAAGUGCUGCUUCCUGUGCAUGGUUUGCAGAAAAAACCUUGAUAGCACAACUGUGGCUAUUCAUGAAGAUGAGAUUUACUGCCGAUCCUGUUAUGGCAAAAAGUAUGGGCCCAAGGGCUAUGGCUAUGGACAAGGAGCAGGUACUUUGAAUAUGGACAGAGGUGAACGGCUGGGCAUUAGACCUGAAGAAUCCCAACAAUCACGUUCCAGUGCCUCAGCUAAUCCUUCAAAGUUUGCCCAGAAGUUUGGAGGAGCUGAUAAGUGUCCCAGAUGUGGUGAAUCUGUAUAUGCUGCAGAGAAAGUAAUGGGAGCUGGGAAGCCAUGGCAUAAGAAUUGCUUCAGAUGUGCUAAAUGUGGCAAGAGUCUAGAAUCUACAACCUUGACUGAAAAAGAUGGUGAAAUCUAUUGCAAAGCUUGUUAUGCCAAAAAUUUUGGACCCAAGGGAUUUGGAUAUGGCCAGGGAGCUGGAGCACUUGUACAUGCACAGUGAAGACAGUGUAAAAGGCUCAGAUUGUAUAAAAGGCUCGGAUAGUAGAACAUUUAUUGAUCUUAUAAUGCUUUAUUACUAAGUGAGUUCGUCAUUCCAAGAUUUUAUUAAUCAAUGUGAAGUGUUACUUAAUCAAAGACAAAAACUUGUCCUAGAUCUGCUAAACGAAACUUUUGUAGAUUAUUCUUUUUUUCUACAACAAUAUUUUCUGUUGUAACAAUGAGAAAAUAGCUCAGUUCUUACGUGUUUUUCUAUUGCUCUUCCUACCUUGUUUCAAAAUUAAACUUCAGUCUCAUUUCA